UCAUCACCCACCAUCACUCAUCAUCGCCAUAGUAGCCCGCCCCCUCGAACCCCUAUUAAACCCCGCGGGAGUAGCGCGGGCAGGCAAACGCUGAGGGGGGUGGGAGCUGAGAGGGAGAGAGGGGAGAUAAGAGGUUAAGGGAGAUCAAGAGACAGAGGAGGGGAGAGAGAGGGAGAGAGAACUCUGCUUGACGCUUACCUGCCCCGCGGGGAACGGCUCUGGAACUCGCACAGGUAAGCCGCAGGCCACGUGAGACAUGGCUCCCCUCUCAACCCUGGGGGGUGCUCCGCGUCUCCCCUUCCUUCUCCUCCUGCUCCUCGUCUUCGCGACUUGGACGGGGCCUCGAGUCAAGGCUCAACAGGAUCCGUUCCGACGACAAUUCCAGCGCGUGCCGGACCAUGCCCUGCGGGCCACUGCCGGCGCCCCGAGGGCGCACGUGCGAGGAGUCUCGACGGGGGAGUGCGCCCUCUUGUGUCUGUCGGAGCGCGGCUUCCACUGCGCCUCGUUCGACUGGAGCGGCGGAGGGGGGGCAGCAGGGGGGGCAGCAGCGGGGGCAGCAGGGGGGGCAUGCGCCCUGCACGGGGAAGGGCUGAGCGGAGAGCACGGCCUCGAGGUGGCGGAGGGCACGGACCACUACUCGCGCGUGGAGGAGGGCCCCCUCUCGCAGUUCCUGCCCUACGGGUUCGGCGCCAUCCCCGGGCGCAACCACGCGGUCUUCGCCAACGUGAGCACGGCGGAGUGCGCCCUGCGCUGCCUGGACGAGGCGAGGUUCCGCUGCAACUCGUUCGACUUCGUGGUGGGGGCCAGGCUCUGUCAGCUCAGCAACUCCUUCGCGGCGCUCGUCGGCGGCAUCCGCACCGACCUGGGCACCAACGUGAUGCACUUCGAGCGCCUGACCUCGCUGGAGCGUUCCUUCCUCGGCACGGCGGGAGCCUUCCUGGGCCACGGCUGGGUCCGCACCGUGCGCCAGAUCGGGCCCUCGCGCUGCGCCAUGCUGUGCCUGCGUGAGACAGCCUUCAUCUGCCGGUCGUUUGACUACUCGCUGGCGACCCUCGAGUGCCACCUCAGCAGCCUGAUGGAGAGCGACGUGGGGGGCCUCGUCACCAACAUGAGCACCCCCAUCAACCACUUCGAGAUGCGGCAGACGGCGGACUGCGGGGGCAGCUUCGAAGGCACCAUGGGAACCCUGGCUUCGGUUCUGUGGCCACGCAACUACAGCGGGAGUCGAACCUGCGACUUCAAGGUCACCGUCCCGGAGGGGAAGACGGUCUCCCUCAACUUCACUCACUUCCAGCUGCACACGCGCGGCGGUGCCGGUGCAACGUGUGGGCCUGGGGCUGGGGGGGCCUGGGUGUCGGUGCGGGGGGGGGCCGACCCGGCCGGCGGCGGCCCCCUCCUGGCCACGUGGUGCGGGAGCCGCCCCGGCGGGAGCCUCCUCACCUCGCCGUCGAGCGAGGUGGCGCUGCGCUUCGCCACGGACGGCACGGGCAGCGCGGCCGGCUUCCGAGCCUUCUACUCGUCGGACUGGCCGUGCAACGCGACGCUACGUGAGCCGGGGGUGUUUGCAACGCCGUGGUACCCGGCAACGCACCCCGCCAACCACCAGUGCACCUGGACCCUGCAUGCACCGCCCGGAUUCAGGGUCCACCUGGAGUUCACCUUCUUCGACAUGGAGGCGGCCCUCUUCCAGGAGUGCACCUUCGACUACGUGGCCGUGUUCGACGGCGACGCGGCGGGGGGCGGCCCCACCCCCGCCGCCGGUGCCCCCCCCCCGGCGGCAUCCGCUGCCCCCCCCGCGGGCCCCCCCCUGCGCCGCCUGUGCGGGAACCCCGAGGUGCUGGAGCCCCUGGAGAGCGCGGGGUCGCGCAUGACGGCGCAGUUCAAGUCCGACUCCAGCAUCCAGGGGCACGGGGCGCGCGUGCGGUUCUGGUUCGUGACGGAGGCGCAGGUGGGCUGCUCGUCGGUGCUGAGCUCGGAGCAGGUGUUUGGGAGCCCGGGCUUCCCGGCGCCGUACCCGGCGGGCGCCGUGUGCGAGUGGAUCGUCCGCGCGCCCGCCAACCGCGCCGUCGAGAUCCGCUUCCUUCGCUUCGAGCUGAGGUCGCCGGGGGUCACGGGCUCGGGCGCGACGGACGGGACGCAAGCCUGCGACUCCUCGCACGACCACCUGGUGGUGCAGGACGGCCCCAGCACGACGUCGCCCGUGAUUGGCCGCUACUGCGGGAGCAGCGCUCCUGAGCUCGUGGUGUCGGGGGCUUCGGCGGUGCGCAUCUCGCUGUGGGCGGUGGUGGCCGGGGCCGGGGGGGCGGUGGGGAUGGAGGGGGGCUUCUCCGCGUCCGUCAGAUUUCGUGACGCCCGUGGCGUACGGCCCCGGUUCCCGCACCUACGCCGUGCGCCUGGGCCCCAGCUCGCCCCGGGCCUUCGCCAGCCCCAACUGGCCCUGACCUGUACCCCCGCGACGAGGACGCGAGGUGGGAGCUCACGGCGCCGCUGGGACACCGAAUCCUGUUGCAGUGGCUGGACUUCCAGCUGGAGGGCGCCUCUCCGCUGAGCUGCCGCUUCGACAGCGUGACGGUGGAGUGGGGCGGCGCUCCCAUCGUGCUCUGCUCCGACUCCGUGCCGCCGCCCGUGUCGUCGCGUGCGCGGUCGCUCAACGUCUCCUUCCACAGCGACGCGGGGCUCCA